ACGGCAGCAAGCAGGGCUCUUGUCGAGUCAAGUCCCAGGGUCCCAGCCUGGCAGAGGUUAUGCAAAUGAGGGGUGGGGUGUGAUAUGCAAAUGAGGGCCUCCCUCUACAGCAGGAGGGCAAGCCCCGGGUGCAGAUAUUCACACCUGCCCCUGUCUGCUGGAGGUGACACCCACGCAGCGGUGAGACUGAGGACCCAGGGAGCAGGUCCCGGUGCAGUCGGGAACACUGAGGAUCCGAGAAGUGGAAUACAGGCAAGAAGCGGAGCAGAGAAACAAAGAUUACAAAAGAAGGGUCCAAACUACCGAGGCUGCGGUGUCGGCAUGGUCCGAGCAAGACCACAGGCACUGGUGCUCCUGGGGGCGCUGCUGACUGGAUCCCUGGACCCAGGGGGUGGCCAGGACGCGCUCUCGCUGCCCUGGGAAGUGCAGCGCUACGACGGCUGGUUCAACAACCUCAGGCACCACGAGAGUGGCGCUGUGGGCUCGCGGCUGCAGCGCCUCGUGCCGGCCAGCUACGCCGACGGCGUGUACCAGGCCCUAGAGGAGCCCCUGCUGCCCAACCCGCGCAGGCUCAGCGACGCCGCCACGCAGGGCCGCCCCGGGCUGGCUUCGCUCCGCAACCGCACGGUGCUGGGCGUCUUCUUCGGCUACCACGUGCUGUCGGACGUGGUGAGCGUGGAGACCCCCGGCUGCCCCGCCGAGUUCCUCAACAUCCACAUCCCGCCCGGAGACCCCGUGUUCGACCCCGACCGCCGCGGGGACGUCGUGCUGCCUUUCCAGAGGAGCCGCUGGGACCCCGAGACCGGACGCAGCCCCAGCAACCCCAGGGACCCGACCAACCAGGUGACCGGCUGGCUGGACGGCAGCGCCAUCUACGGGUCGUCGCACUCGUGGAGCGACGCGCUGCGCAGCUUCUCCGGGGGGCGGCUGGCGUCGGGGCGCGACCCCGCCUUCCCGCGCGAGUCGCAGGACACCCUGCUCAUGUGGACGGCGCCGGACCCCGCCACGGGCCAGGGCGGGCCCCGGGGGCUGUACGCCUUCGGGGCCGAGCGCGGCAACCGCGACCCCUUCGUGCAGGCGCUGGGCCUGCUGUGGUUCCGCUUCCACAACUGGUGGGCGGACCGGUUGGCUCGGGACCACCCGCGCUGGGGCGACGAGGAGCUGUUCCAGCACGCGCGCAAGAGGGUCGUCGCCACCUACCAGAGCAUUGCUAUGUACGAGUGGCUGCCCAGCUUCCUGGGGAAGACACCCCCAAAGUAUGAAGGUUACCGGGCGUUCCUGGACCCCAGCGUCUCCCCGGAGUUCGUGGUGGCCUCGGAGCAGUUCUUCUCCACCAUGGUACCGCCCGGAGUGUACAUGAGAAAUGCCACCUGCCACUUCCGGAAGGUCCUGAGCGAGGGUUUCCACAGCUCUCCAGCUCUCAGGGUCUGCAACAGCUACUGGAGUCGGGAGAACCCGAAUUUGAAUAGUGCGGAAGAAGUAAAUGAGCUGCUGCUGGGAAUGGCCUCCCAGAUUUCGGAGAGGGAAGACAGAAUCAUCGUGGAAGAUCUGAGGGAUUACUGGCCUGGCUCUGGCAAGUACUCCCGCACAGACUACGUGGCCAGCAGCAUCCAGCAAGGCCGCGAUAUGGGCUUGCCCAGCUACACCCAGGCCCUGCAGGCCCUCGGGCUGCAGCCCCCGAAGAACUGGAGUGACCUCAGCCCCUUCGUGGACCCCCAGGUGCUGGAGGCCACAGCCGGUCUGUACCACCAGGACCUGUCCCGCCUGGAGCUGCUCCUGGGGGGGCUCCUGGAGAGUCAUGGGGACCCCGGACCCCUGUUCAGCACCAUCGUUCUCAGCCAGUUUGUGCGGCUUAGGGAUGGCGACCGCUACUGGUUUGAGAACAGCAGGAAUGGGCUGUUCUCUGAGGAAGAGAUUUCGGAAAUCAGAAACACCAGCCUGCGGGACGUGCUGGUCACUGUCACUGGGUUGAAUGCAGGGUCCCUGCAGCCCAACGUCUUUGUCUGGCAAGAAGGGGGCCCCUGUGUACAGCCGAAGCAGCUCACCACAGAAGGCCUGCCCCGCUGCGUGCCCCUCACUGUGAUUGACUUCUUCGAGGGCAGCAGCGCAGGGUAUAGCCUGGUCAUCAUUGCCCUCUGCUGCUUCCCGCUAGUGAGUCUGGUCGUCGCUGGGGUGAUUGCCCAUUCCCGGAACCGACAGCGCAAGAGGCUGCAAAGGCAAGGCAAAGAGAGUAUGAAGAAGGCAGCAAUCAAAGGCGGAGUGAUGGCGAUGGAGUGGCCAGGCCCCAAGGAGAGGAGCUAUCCCGUCACCGUCCAGCUGCUCCCGGACAGGAAUCUGCAGGUCCUGGACAGCCGACUGUCUGUGCUGCGCACCGUGCAGCUGCAGCCCCCGCAGCAGGUCCACCUCAUCCUGUCCAGCACCCAUGGCUGCCGCACCCUGCUGCUCAAGGUCCCCAAGGAGUACGACCUGGUGCUGCAGUUUAACUCGGAAGAGGAGCGCGGUGCCUUUGUGCAGCAGCUGCAGGACCUGUGCACAUGCUGGACCCUGGGCCUCCAAGUGGCCGAGAUGGGCGAGAGCCAGCUGCUCAGGGAGGCGGUGACCAAGCAGCAGCGGGGCUGCAUCCUGGAGAUCUUCUUCAGACACCUCUUUGCUCAGGUGCUGGACAUCAACCAGGCGGACGCGGGGACGCUGCCCCUGGACUCAUCCCAGAAGGUGCGGGAGGCGCUGACGUGCGAACUGAGCAGGGCUGAGUUUGCCGAGUCCCUGGGCCUCAAGCCCCAGGACAUGUUUGUGGAGUCCAUGUUCUCCCUUGCCGACAAGGACGGCAACGGCUACCUGUCCUUCCGGGAGUUCCUGGACAUCCUGGUGGUCUUCAUGAAAGGCUCCGCAGAGGAUAAGUCUCGUCUGAUGUUCACCAUGUACGAUCUGGAUGGGAACGGCUUCCUCUCCAAGGAUGAGUUCUUCACCAUGAUGCGGUCCUUCAUCGAGAUCUCCAACAACUGCCUGUCCAAGACCCAGCUGGCCGAGGUGGUGGAGUCCAUGUUCCGGGAGGCGGGCUUCCGGGACAAGGGGGAGCUGACAUGGGAGGACUUCCACUUCAUGCUGCGGGACCACAACAGCGAGCUCCGCUUCACACAGCUCUGCGUCAAAGGCGGCGGUGGAGGUUUUGGAGACGUCUUUAAGCAAAACAGCAACUGGCGGGUCUCCUUCAUCACUGGGAAGCCAGGAGAGAGCUCCUGCCCCCAGGACCUGGCACCCCCUGCCUCAGAAACCCUUGAACUGGGGGGUUCUGGGCUAAAGAAGAGGUUUGGCAAAAAGGCGCUGGGGCCGCCUCCCCGGCUGUACACCGAGGCGCUGCAGGAGAAGAUGCGGCGUGGCUUCAUGGCCCAGAAGCUGCAGCAGUUCAAGCGCUUUGUGGAGAACUACAGGCGCCACAUCGUGUGCACCGCCAUCUUCUCAGCCAUCUGCGUGGGGCUCUUUGCAGAUCGCGCCUACUACUACGCCUUUGCCUCGCCACCCACGGACAUCGAAGAGACCACCUACGUGGGCAUCAUCCUGUCGCGGGGCACGGCGGCCAGCCUCUCCUUCAUGUUCUCCUACAUCCUGCUCACCAUGUGCCGCAACCUCAUCACCUUCCUGCGGGAGACCUUCCUCAACCGUUACAUCCCCUUCGACGCCGCCGUGGACUUCCACCGCUGGGUCGCCAUGGGCGCCGUCCUCCUGGCCAUCUUGCACAGUGCCGCCCACAUGGUCAAUUUCUACAUCUUCUCAGUCAGCCCCCUCAACCUGCUGGCCUGCGUGUUCCCCAACGUCUUUGUGAAUGACGGGUCUAAGAUUCCCCCGAAGUUCUACUGGUGGUUCUUCGAGACCAUUCCAGGUAUGACAGGGGUGCUCCUGCUCCUGGUCCUGGCCAUCAUGUACGUCUUUGCCUCCCACUACUUCCGUCGCCGCAGCUUCCAGGCCUUCUGGCUGACACACCACCUCUACGUCGUGCUUUAUGCCCUGCUCAUCAUCCAUGGCAGCUUCGCUGUGAUCCAGCUGCCCAGUUUCCACAUCUACUUCCUGGUCCCGGCCAUCAUCUGGGGAGGGGACAAGCUGGUGAGCCUGAGUCGGAAGAAGGUGGAGAUCAGCGUGGUGACGGCCGAGCUGCUGCCCUCAGGAGUGACCCACCUGCAGUUCCAGCGGCCUCAGGGCUUCGAGUACAAGUCAGGACAGUGGGUGCGGAUCGCCUGCCUGGCCCUGGGCACCAAUGAGUACCACCCCUUCACACUGACCUCCGCGCCCCAUGAGGACACGCUCAGUCUGCACAUCCGGGCAGUGGGGCCCUGGACCAUGCGCCUCCAGGAGAUCUACUCACCCCCGAAAGGCAAAGGCGGUGCCACCUACCCAAAGCUCUACCUUGAUGGACCCUUCGGAGAGGGCCACCAGGAGUGGCAUAAGUUUGAGGUGUCUGUGCUGGUAGGAGGGGGCAUCGGGGUCACCCCUUUUGCCUCCAUCCUCAAAGACCUGGUCUUCAAAUCAUCCUUGGGCAGCCAGAUGCUCUGUAAAAAGAUCUACUUCAUCUGGGUGACUCGGACCCAGCGGCAGUUCGAGUGGCUGGCCGACAUCAUCCGGGAGGUGGAGGAGAAUGACCACCGGGACCUGGUCUCCGUGCACAUCUACAUCACCCAGCUGGCCGAGAAGUUCGACCUCAGGACCACCAUGCUGUACAUCUGCGAGCGGCACUUCCAGAAGGUGCUGAACCGGAGUCUGUUCACGGGCCUGCGCUCCGUCACCCACUUCGGCCGGCCCCCAUUCGAGGCCUUCUUCAACUCCCUGACGGAGGUGCACCCACAGGUGUGCAAGAUGGGGGUGUUUAGCUGCGGCCCCCCAGGCAUGACCAAGAAUGUAGAGAAAGCCUGUCAGCUCAUCAACAGGCAGGACGGAGCCCACUUCAUGCACCACUAUGAGAACUUCUAAGCCUGCCCUCCCUCCUCCUGCUUCCGGUUUCCUGCCCGGGUUCUGUGGCUCAUGUCGCCCCUCCCUGCUGCUCAGCUCCCUGAGGGCCCUGUCUGUCCCAUGCUCUGAGGAGAGAGAGGAGCCCUCCUCACCCCCAGCCUGAGCCAGGGUGGGUUGUACCAAGCCAAGUGGGAGGGGCCAAUCUCUGCUUGUGAGACUGUGGCAGUAGAAGUAUACAACAUCGGCUUCUUUCCAUGAGUCCCCACUUCUCUGUGUUGCUUCCAAGUUGAUGUGUUGCUAAGGUAGGAGGGAGUAGGGUACCUCUGAGCUAGAAUCUUCCCGGGGCCCAGCUGGAAGCCUUGUUGCCUCAACCCAGUCCCUGGGCCUUUCCCCUUCAGCUCCAAAGAGGAACAGCCCCACUCCACCCCUUCUUGCUCCCACAGGGCCAGGAGCUUGAGAAGGAUGCCAGGGAACAGAGGUGCGUCCGGCCCUGAAGUCCCAGUGUCCACCCUGAUGCCCGCUGCCCUGACGGCCUGGCAGGUCCCUCUUGGAGCCCGCUGGGGCAGCUCCUGGGUCCUGGCACAGGGGAACCCAGCUUCCCUGCCAGAUUCCAAAACUCUCUCAAUUCCUCACUUUCAGAGCAGUUAGGUGAUCAGAUUUCCUGGUUUGUCUAGGACACCUGCAGUUUUAGCCCUGGAAUUCUCAUUCCGGGGAAACUCCUGUGUCCCAGCAGAUGAGAUCAGGUGUUGCCUUACACUGGAGCUACCCUGGAUGUCACCUCUGUAUCCAUGAAGACCCUUCCUUUCCCGGCUCUUUCCUAGAAAGCUGAGCCAUAUAACAUAUUUUAGAUUGAGGCACAGUUGCAUAAAGUGCACAGACCUUGAAGUAACCACGUAGCUCCUACACCGCCACCCAAUCAGGAUAUAAAACAUGUCAAUAAUUCAUCGCCCUCCAAAACUUCCCUCGUACCCCCUUCUAGUCAGUCUCCCCCCAGCUCCGAGAAGCUGCUACUGAUGUGACUUCUGUCACGUGGGCCUGGGUCAUACUGAAUGCAUUCAUUAAGACUGGCCUCUCCUCGCCCACACCUGUGUGAUUCAUUCAUGGUGUGUGUCUGUCCAUGGUUUAUUCCUUCUUAUGUAGAGAUUGCACCACCAUUUGUUUAUCUGUUCUUCUACUGGUGACAUUUGGACUGGUUUGUUUUUGGGGGCAGUUGCUAAUUACAAAUAAAGCUGCUGCGAACAUUC